AUGGACGGUUCUACUUGGUGUUCUCAAAGUACAUCUUCGGGCUCUUCCUCCCCUUCCCCUAGGCUUGUAAACAGCUUGCGGGUUUACGGUGACAAUGCUAUCGAUGGGGAUCACUUGGGUACAAAGGAAGUCUUCAAUGAGGUCGUCAGAGGACGAAAGAGUUGGAAAACACUCAAAGGCGGCGAGAUGGUAUGGUCUCCGGACCUAGAGGCUGCUUUACUAGAAGGACUUGCCAGCUAUCAGCCAGAUGAUUCCCGCGAAACCAGACUUCUCGGUCGAUUCCCCAUGCGAAAUCGAUACAUAUCAGCCUACAUUUAUCAAAAAACAGGAAAGGAGCGCUCCGCUAAGCAGGUCGGAAGUCGUCUACAACAACUCCGGGAUACGUGCGGCGGUAAAAAACUCCAGCAUCUGCUGUCACCUUGCCGCAAACACAAGGAUUCUGCGACAUCGAAAGGAUUCAACUAUAAUUCCCUCCAUCGAUACGGAUUCUCAAAGUUAGCUUCGCUCAGGCGCGACCCCUCAGAGCGCCCCGCUUCGCCGAUCGUUGAUUCUCGCGAAUGGCUGCGGAAGUCCACAGUGUCACCCAUGUAUAUCUACAUUCUUCCUGGAAAUGGCUGCAGCGCUCCAGAGAGACCUAUUUACGACCCGCCGUCCGUAUCGUCAUCCCUUGGUGCCGUGAACCACCCACGUCCCAUCCGCACCAUCGAUCCUACUUUAACCUUCGUGUCGUACUCCCCCCUCGACCGUUCAACACGAUCAUCCUUCAACGUCUACGACUCUCAUGGGUUCAUCCACACCGAAGAAUCCUCACUUGUUUUAUCGAUGAACGAUGAGAGGGGGUAUUAUUACACAACAUGCCUCAUUCCUGGGUUCUGGGAAACAAUAUGCAAGCACACAGACCCUACUGAAUUUACCAUCGAGCACAAAGUCAUACAAGACGACAUCUCCCAUGUCCAAUCAGACUUGUUCUCCGCCGUUUACAAGUUCCGCUAUCCGGCGGAGUCUGAUGCACGUCUAUCUUCCCGUCCUUCGGGCUCCACCGAAUAUGUCAUGUCACAGGACAGUCAUCACGGAUCGCCCAGCGAUGAUUUUCACAGUCCUUCUACUGCCUCUGAUGAUUUGUUCGACCUUUCGGAUAUCGGGCUGCCGCGAAUCACCUCUGAUACGACUUCCUACGAUAUGACCUGUCUCCAAGGCUAUGGUCGCAGUGUGUCACUGCCAAGUUCCCCAAAGCCCGAAGUGGGUAAAGAAUUGUAUCAUUCUCGCCGCGGAUCGGACCCGUCUCUAGCCUGGAGUUACAGUGACAAUGCCUCGUAA